AGCAAGGAGGGGUAUCAGCCCCCAUUGGGUGUACAAGGAGGUUUCCAAGGGCUCUGCAGUUCCUGGAUGCUGGAGGUUUCUCUGCAGCUCCUGUUGCUCUGGGGAGCUCAGCUCCCCUGCGAUGAGGACGGCACCGCAGACGUCAGGCCUCGGGCGUCGCCCGCCCCAGCCGCUCGCUGCCUCCCCGCGGGGCUCGGGUUUCGCCUUCUCGCUCCAGUGACGCUGGCUGUCCUGACAGGUGGGCAGAGCCGUGGCCGCACGCCGGGGUCACCGCCCGUGUUGCGAUGGGGUGAGCACCGAGGGGCGGCAGGUGGACAUGUUAACGUAGGGGGCAGGCACCUUGCUAAUCCCCAGGACCGUUCCCAGCCGCCGUGUCCCGGCGCGACACCCACCUCGACCAUGGACUCGACCCCAGAAAUGAAGAGGAAUAGAUUCCCCAGCACGAAUUUUGAAGCAGAGAUUCUGACAGCUCCACAUGAUGAUUCAGAGCUGUAUGUGAUCCCUUCCAUGAGAAGUCUCACAGCUGAGGAGUAUGUAGAGGCCUUUAAGUCAUUUUUGGAUCAUUCUACAGAGCACCAGUGCAUGGAUGAGUUCAACAAGGAAGAAAUGCCCAACAUCAUGGCUAGUCUUGGAAACGGAAAAUCAACGAUCAAUGUUCUGGGAGUUGGAAGCGGCACAGGUGAGCAGGAUUUGAAAAUGAUCAGGAUACUACAGGCUGCACACCCAGGGAUCCCUAUUGACAAUGAAAUUGUAGAGCCCAACCCACAGCACGUGGCAGCUUACAAAGAGUUGGUGAAUCAAGCUCCAGAUCUCCAGAAUGUCUCUUUCAUUUGGCACCAGAUGACUUCCUCCAAGUAUGAACAACAGGUGAAAGAGAGAGGCACACAUAAGAAAUUCGACUUCAUCCAUAUGAUCCAGAUGCUGUACCGUGUAGAGGAUAUACCAAACACUAUCAAGUUCUUCCACAGCUGCCUCGACCAUCAUGGUAAACUCCUGAUCAUAAUUUUGUCAGACAGUAGCGGAUGGGCCAGCUUAUGGAAGAAGUACAGACACUGCUUGCCUUCCACUGACAAUGGCCACUACAUCACCUCCAAUGGCAUCACAGAGAUUUUAAAGAGACUGGGUAUUGAAUAUCGUGCCUACGAGUUCCCGUCGGGCUGGGAUAUCACCGAGUGCUUUAUCGAGGGGGACCCAGUUGGAGGCCUCAUGAUGGAUUUCCUGACAGGGACAAAAAACUUCCUGGGCACAGCCCCGCCAGGACUGCGGCAGCAGCUGCAGGAGGCUCUCUGCCAGCCUGAGUGCAGCAGCAAAAAGGAUGGGAGAAUCAUCUUCAGCAACAACUUGAGUAUGAUUGUGGUUGAAUCCUAGAGUCCAG